UCUUUUCAGAACGAAACGGUGACUCUUUCGUGCGUUAUUAUAAAAAAAUACAACUCGCGAGAAAAACAACAAUUUUUGCAAAACCGCGUGCAAUUUUUAGUGUAAUAAAUGUACAAAACAAAAACACCACUUAGCUGCAGGAAUAGGAACAACAUGCACAUAAAUAAAUUGCGAAAUAGUACAGUUUAAUAGUGGGUGAAAAAAGUGCGCGUGUUUGUGUGUGAAGAAGAAAAAGUCGCCGCCGCCGUCGUAGAAAAAACUGGGCGAAAAAAAAACAAAACUAUCUAUUGGGAAAAUAACAACACUGUAAACAUUAAAAUUGCCGCUGUAAUGUGCUGAGCAGUGCGAGACACAUUUGAAAAAUGUCCAAAACAAGUGAAGCCUUCGAUGAGGAGCUGUUCGAGACGCGCCUGGAAGCGCUUAAGGACACGCAGGAGUGUAUACAGGAAAUGUCCAACUGGUGCCUGCAGCAUCGCCUGAAUCACAAGAAGAUCAUACAAUGCUGGCUAAAUGUCUUCAAACGAGUCCGCGUGGAUCAUCGCUUGGUUCUCUUUUACCUGGCCAAUGAUGUUAUACAGUACAGCAAACGCAAACGCUACGAGUUUGUCGAGUGCUGGGCGACAGCGCUGCAGAGAGCGACCACAAUGGUGCGCGAUGAACGUGUCAAAGGUAAAAUCUUGCGUAUUUUUCAAAUCUGGGAACAACGUGAAAUCUACAAUGAGGAAUUUCUCAGUGAUCUGAGCGGUCUGCUCAAUAUAGCGCCGCCAAAGAAAGCCCCAGCAAACACAGAUCCUGGCAAUGAGUAUCAGAAUACAACGCUCAUCGCACAGGUCAGGGAAUGCGUUGAAUUGGCCGAGACGACGGACAAAAGCAUGAAAAAGCUACCAAAGCCACCAAAUUUUGAAAUAGAGGCCAUCAAGCAGCAGUUAAAGGAUAAAAGUCAUUCGGGCGACAUUGAAAAGGAGCUGGAACGUUGCGUGGCCUUCAUCAAUGCAUACAACAAGAAUCUGCAGAAUGAGAUCAAGUGCCGGAAGGCGGUGAUGGAAACUAUUGAGGCGGCCAAAAAGUUUUACGAACAUCAGGGACGCGAAGUCAAAGUAGUUGCAAGUGCCUAUAAAAGCUUCGGCACACGCAUUAAAAUAGUCAAACGCAAGCUGGAUGAGGUAAUACCCACUCUGUCCAGUCCUAUACCCUCACCGGAUAUCAAUGCGCCGUCGCCGGAACGCGAUGCGGACCUACAGCUGCCGGAUGAAACCAAUUCACCGCUGGGAUCGAACUUAUUCAGCGGUGGCGGUCUGAAUGGUUUUGCCAGUUACCUGGAUGCCGGACAGCUGCCGUUUGACAUUAAUGACUUUAAACGCGAGUCUGUUGGCAAGGAUCGUGGCAGCGCUAUUGAAGUGAUUGGUUCACGUUCGGAUGAUGAGAGCUAUACGCCCAGCGCCAAUUAUUACAAGCCGGAACCUUAUGGCCGCAGCAGUGCUAAUGGCAGUAGCACGAGUGGCAUUCCUGGACUUGGUGGCAACAAUGCCAGUGAUGAAUACAAUCCUGCUCAGGUGCAGACAAGUUAUGGCAAUUUGCUUCCACCGCCAGCGCCGCCUAUUUUUGGUGAUUCAUCGCAGGAAUAUUCACCGCCGCCGCCACCACAUCAUGGUUAUGGCCAGACGGAGAGUCAGUAUACACCCGCGCCUUUGAACAGCAAUUCGAUGGCACCACCACCACCAAUGCCACCACCAUUGGCAUCGACAAACAGUGUCGAUGAUUUCAACAGCACCUGGGACAUGAGCAUGACAUGGACGCCGCUCGACAGCAGCUUGAAUAGCAGCGGUGCCAGCUCCAGCUACACGCCACAACCACAAUCGACGCCGCACUCGCCACCACAUUUCGAGCGCAAGGGCAACGGUGCACCCAUCGAGUACAGUGAGCAUCACAAUGCUGCAGGUUUGGGAGCACAAGAUGUGGAUCAUCGCACGGUUCAAUUGCCACCAGCAUUCAAUUUCCGACCUAAGACAGCGUUGAGCGAUGAGCAAACUCGGCAACUGGUGGACAUUGAUCAUAGGAAUUUAAUAUCGCUUACAGGAUCGCCGGGCGGUGCUGAAAAGAGUUUUGGCGGUGGAGAUGUCGACUAUCGCAAAGCGUCUUCUGGGAAAAACGAGGAAAGCGGAAGCGCCAUUCGCAGCUUGGGGAACAGUUCGCCCAUGAUGGCGCCGCCUGGCAGCUACGUUAAAAAGACAAGCUCGCCACACAAAUCAAAUGCCAGCUCCUCUUCAGAACCGGAGCGUAUAGAUGGCUCUGCGCGCUAUGAUCCCGCAGAUAUGGUUGUUGACAUGGACAUGUCUGACGAGGAUUUGGACGAAUCACUGCGAGAUGGCAAUGCGGAGCUGCUACAGUUAGAGAAUGCAGAUGGUGAGCUGGAUGCCAAUGGCGCUUUGACACCUUCUCGUCCAGCGCUGUUAGAGACGCCGCCCGAAUUUCAAUGGGAUACUAACAGCAGUUUCUUAGCAACAACAUCCACUGGUAACAUGCAGGACAUGCAGACGGAAGGACAACAAAUGCAACAGCAGCAGCAACAACAACAACAGCAACCACCGUUGCCACCACCACCACAGCAGUCGUGGAACCAAAUGCAACCGCCCAUGCCCUGGAAUGGCAAUGAGGGCAACAAUGGAGCAGCCGGUGUGCCGCCACCGCCAAGGCCGCCUUUCUCUGGCGGACCACAAUUUCCACAAUUUCAGCCAUUUGGCAACAGUCCGGAUAACAUGCCGCGCGGACGUGGACGUGGUCGCGGCUGGUCGGGACCUUACAGGCCCAAUUAUCAACGCAUGCCCGGACAAUUUGAAGGUGGACCUCCUGGUCCACGUCCGUUCUUUCAGCGUGGGGGCGGUCCGAUGCGCGCUGGCGGUGGUCGCGGGCGCAUGCGUGGUAAACCUUGGAUGUAAUUACGUAUUGUAGCUUCUAUAGAUAACACACACAUAUACACACACACACACACACAAUGCCGUACGCAAGUGCAAAGUUUUUAGUUAUUAGUCAACUUAUCUCAUUUGGAUUUUUACCUUAGACACAGACACACAUAUACAUGCGCAAAAAUCCAUAACCACGUAGUUUUAAUUGACAUCCUGAUAAGCUGCGGAUCGUUGACUAUUAUAAAUAAACUAAUCACACAUUGAAGCACCAGGAAUCAAUAAAUCGCGUCUAUCAAAGUAAAUAAUUUUAAGCAUACAGUUUUGCAAUUCUCUUAUAAAAAUAUACUACAUAUAUUUAUAAACAAAUAUAUUUAUAUGACAGUCUUUUGUUUGGUCGUUGCCUUCCCAUAAUCGUUGUCUCGAUCUAAUGUAUAAAUUAUAUAAAUACAUUUUUAAUCAAUUUAAUGGGACACUUGAAUAUAAUCGUUUAUAUAGCAUGUUGAAUAAAAAUGUGAGUUACGUUGAGUAAAUUUAUUACAUGCUUUUAUUCAUCAGCGGACUAUUCCGAUUCAACAUUAAAAAAAUGAGUUUUUAAUGAGAUGAUCUUAUCGCAAUGCAAUGGUGGGUUUCUGCAAUCACGUCUUGUGCGAUAUUAGCGUAUAGUCUGUAGUCAGCGAUCCUAAGUUAAUCAAUCAAAAAAAAUCUAAUUUCAAAGACUUCUUUUAGUAACAAUAAAAUUUCCUUAAAAUGUAAUAUUGCCUUAGCGUAUAGACACACACACAUUAAUAUUAAUUUAAUAAUUUAAGCAAAAGUAUUUUGUAAAUAUACAUAAAUGUAAUUGUAAUUAGAACCAAAAUCAAUUUGAACUUCGGUCAUGCCAAAGUUGUAUGCUCUACACUUAAUGUCUACACAUAAAGCAAUCAAAUAAUUAUUAUACAUCAACCAAUCUUUGUUUGGUAAAAAAAAGAUGAAAAUCUCGUGAAAAGAAUUUCAAAUUAAAUAAAGAAUGAUUUCUUUUAAACAUUUCAUUUAAAGUAUAUCAACUAACCGACUGACUGAUAUGGGGCUCUAUUUAUCGAUAUUGUAGACAAUACUUUGGGAAUGGCGGGCUCUGUUUAGAUAGUUUGAAUGCCUUUCAAAUUUUUUAAACAAGACUGACUUUAAUAAUAAACAAUUUGACUCUCUUCUAGAAAACCUAAGCUUAAAAAAAUUUACUAUGCAUCUGAAUCUUAAACGCCACUUGCCGAAUAAGAGGGGAACUUUCAUUCCAAACUCGAAAUUCAUCUUGUCAUAUCACCUAUUAGUACAAAUUUUGCCAUAAGCAAUACAAUUGGCAUAUUAAUGACACAUUUGUAUAGGCGAUACAAAGUAAUCUAAUACUUAGAGUAUAUAUAUACGUAACAUACAUGUAGAUCUUUAGUUAGUCUUUAAGUUCAUAGUAUAUUUUAGUUAAGCCUAGUCGUAAAUUUGAAAUUGUAUAAAUAAAUAUAUAUUGAUGUGAUAUUUAAA